UUUGAUGUAUUUAAUGUUAUCAACACAACUAUAAUAUAUUAUUUUAGUCAUUAAAACAUUUUACUUAUGACUAAUAUGUUUUCAUAACUUUUUUCAUGUAAUGUUAUCACACUAAAACUGUUUAAUAACGCUUAUUUAUGUACCGAUAGAAAAAAUUUAUCAAGUGAGGAUUUUUAUACUUUCUUCACAUAUACAUUUAAAAACAAACAUGAUGUCCUUAAAUUCAUCUGCUAAGCGAUUAUAUUUGUCUCUGGGUAAUGUCGUAAAUUAUUCCUCAAGUAAAAAGUACUAUGAUAUUGUUAUUGCUGGUGGCGGCAUGGUGGGCUGUGCAAUGGCCUGCAAAUUAUCUAAAGAACCUGCAUUACGUGGUAUGUCUAUCCUUCUAUUAGAAGGAGGUCCAAAUCGUAAACAAUAUGAUUUGUGUGCAAAGAAAAAUACACUUGACAAUCCUUACAAUAAUAGAGUCUCAGCUGUGAACAAAUCAACUGUACAACUUUUACAAUCAGUUGGAGCAUGGCAAAUUAUCAGUGAUUUAGGACUUUGUAAUGCAAUCAAAGAAAUGCGAAUUUGGAAUUAUGGCGGAGGUAGAAGUGGUGGUGUUAAUAACAUAUUAACAUUCAAUAAUGAUGAUGAUGAUGAUUAUUUAGCAUAUAUUGUUGAAAAUGAUACUAUUCUUGGAGCAUUGUAUAAACAAAUUAAGGAAGAGCAAAAUAUUACUGUAAAUUAUAAUUCCCGAGUUAAUCAAUGUAAUUUGCCAGAUUCUCAUAGAGAUUUGGCUUCUGUACAAGUAGCAAAUGAAGAAACUUCCUUUGAAACUAGUAUUUUAAUUGGCUCAGAUGGAUAUGGUUCUAAAGUACGUUCUGCCAUUAAUGGUCAGCAAUAUCUUAGUUGGGAAUAUGGUCAACGUGCAGUUGUGGCAACUUUACAAAUACAGACUGAUGAAGAUGAUAUCUGUAAAGGACACGUUGCUUGGCAAAAGUUUGCUGAGUUAGGUCCAAUGGCUCUAUUACCUUUGGAUAAUAAAACAUGUUCACUAGUAUGGACAACAAGUUAUGAAGAAGCAAAUCGCUUAGCAGAUUUGAAUGACUAUGAAUUUAUUGAUGCUUUGAAUGACGGUUUAUCGGAAGAAAAAGAAUCUAACAAUAGUAGUUUACUAUUAGCAGAUGAUGCUGCUCAUUUAGUGUCUAAAGUACUCAAUAAGAAUAAUCAAAACAGAAAAAUAAAAUCUACUCCACCAGUUGUCAUUGAUAUAAUAAAAGGUAGUAGAGCAUCUUUUCCAUUAGGUUUUGGACAUGCGUGUCGAUAUGUUGGUCAGCGUGUUGCUUUAGUUGGAGAUGCUGCCCACAGAAUACAUCCAUUAGCUGGUCAAGGUGUUAAUUUAGGUUUUAAUGAUGUUAUUGAAUUAAGCGAUAAACUUAGCCAAUCAGUUUCAACAGGCGCUGAUAUUGGAGAUCUGAAUGCACUUUUAAAUUAUGAAACUGCAGCACAGCGUCAUAAUGUGCCUAUUAUGUUAGGUGUUGAUGGAAUUCAAAAAAUUUAUUGUAGCAAUAACAAUUUGGUACCACUUGCAAUUACAACAUUAAUACGUAAUGUGGGACUUUCAUUUUGUCAAUCUGCUUCUAUUAUGAAAAAACUAUUAAGUAACAAAGCAUCUGGACUACCUGUUUAGUUUAAGUUUAAAUGUAUCCAAAUAAAUAGUUUAAUUUAAUGUUUAUUAAAUAUGUGUUAAAAAUUG